ACCUCCGGUCCGUGCAAACGUAGGGCUUGAACACCUACCUAGGGCUCCCGUAGAGUCAGCCAGCCAUUCGAGUCACAAGACGCAGCAUAGCUCACACUCAGCCGUAGGUUGGAGUUGGCAACUAGGUCAUCCACUGUCCGUAUCGAAUACUACUCUACGAAGUAGAACGAUUGGCUAUAACCACACUUCCACAGCACGGAGCUCCAAACUACAUACACCUGCAUAUGUCUCCCCGAUCUCCUACGUCUCGGCUACCAAUACACCGACGUCGGAAACAACCAACCCAAACAAGCCAAGAAGUAGUUACGCAUCACACUUAUACUCGUGGGCCUCGAUCGCGAUGUCCUGGGACCUGCCGACGCAGACCCUCACAUCGACAUCCUCAUCAACACCUCUAUCUUGGGAGCUUUUCCAUGGAAUCUCAUCCCCAGCUUCAACGACAUCACUGAACCACACAACCUCCUUCGAGUCUCCGAAGCCGGCGCACACAUCCACAGCGACCAUCACAACGGUCGCACAUCGUGCAGAGGUGCGCCAGGUGUCGCCGAGCCCUAAUAGCGCGCGCUCGGGCUGGUUCGCUCGGUGGUGGAUGACACCACGGGGGCGGAGGACCGUGAAAGCCGACGAGAAGAAGAUGGAGCACACGGUCUCGGAUAUGGCGUACAAGACCGCAGUUGAAGCUCAAGCAACUAAGUACUCGGCCAAGAAUGCGAUAGGAAAGCGGGAACUAGAAGGGAUAAGCAUGUACUGGGGCCCCUUCUCCUCAGGAACUGCACCGACAUCUCCAGCGACAACACCGGUCCUACGUCCAAGCAACUCCACUUCUUCUUCGACUCCUUUCCGGCCUUUGCCUGAAGCUGGAAACUUGAACGACGGGCCUGAUGGGGUAGAUCCAGCUACAUCAUCCUCUAGUUCUAUCCCAUUGCCAUCAUAUUCCUGGCCCUCUACCCACGGGUCGCCAACGGCCUCAUACCACUCGCCCGCUCCUCAAACUCAUUCUUUUCAGCCAUCAACCACUGGUGCCUCGAUCGCACCUGUCGAGUCCUUUGACUCCUCUUGCGUCUUCACGACCACCACAAACAUCCUCCCCCUCGACGGCGGCACCUCAGCGGUCGAAGUGACCCAGACAUGGACGGGGUGCUGGGUUCCUAUAGCCUCAGGCUACAGCUCCAACAUUGUCUCUAUCCCGGCCCAUUCAACCCAGCACAUCACAUCUUUGCCAGCCUCUGCUGCCCCAUCCUCGUCAACCUCCGCUGCAGCUUCUUCGCUCACCUUUGCAGCCAUAUCGCCAAUCUCGGCAGCAAUAUCUUCGCCGACCUCGGCAGCAGCACCAUCUUUACCAGCUUCGGCCUCCAAACCUUUGCCAACCUCCGCAGCACUGCCCCCAUCAACCUCAGGAACGCAUGUCGUCCCGGGCACCACAAACUCGCAGACCCCUCAACCUCUCCCCCACCACUCCCCAGCUUCUCCUUCUUCCCCUCCCUCUAAUGGAUCCGCUUCUCCUUCUUCUUCUUCCACCCCCUCCAACGCAUCCGCCUCCCCCCCCUCAACCCCGUCUUCCUCCCCCCUAGCCCCCUCCAUCCUCGCCACCCCCACGCCAACUCCAACCCACCAACCCACCCUCCCCGAAUGGCUCCCCUUCACGCCCCCAACCCCCUUACCUUCCGACCUCGCAGCAUCCAAGCCCGCACCCACCACCACCACCGCGACGACGACCUCCAACGCGCCCGAGAAGCGCUUCACGUGGAUGACGUGGUUCUUCUGGAGCAUUGCGAUCCUCAUGGGCGUCACGAACGUGCUGCAGCUGCGCGUCGACGUGGGCGGGCUACCCGGGCGGCUGAGGGGGCUGGGGGAGGUGUUGGUGUGAUAUCACAUUGGAC